AUGUCUGACACUCAUUCUGACCGCUCUUUGGAAGGCCUUGCUGCGCCUCAACCAAUGGCUUCAUUCGAUGACACCAGUCCGAAGGAGGUCCCGAUUUCACCAGGUCUCACUCAUCUACCCGAAACGCCUUCACCCGUGUUGAAACUCAAAAGACGCUUGCCCAAAAAGAAAGGCAAGAAGUUUAAGAUCCCGGUUCCGGCAACGGGCAAGCUUCAGACCUUCAUUGAUCACGGUUGCACUAUCGAUCCUCAAGGCUAUCCGAUUUAUCCCAACGGCGAGACUAUACUUGUUCAAGAUCCUAUUGCACCAGUUAUCAACUUCGGGCAUGUGGCUUUCACUCAUACUCAAAAAUCUCACGGUUCGAAAACGGGUCCUUGGAAAACAAUAUGGUACAAGUGUCUUGGUGUAUUACAGUGCGAUGACGACUUCUGCAAUUACGCCGGGCCGCCACCUACUGCUGAAGGCAAAGCAGCCGAAUUCAUUGCUGAGCACCCAGUUUGUCCAGCUGUUGAAUGCAACGGGAAUCACUUUUGGACCGAAUGCAAUGACACGUCCUGCCGAGUUGAUAUUGAGAAAGAUUCCGGUUGGGCAGUCCUUCGCCACUCCGGUGUCCACAAACACCCUUGGCCGGCUUCGAAGAAGGCCGACCCGAUGGCUAUGAUGGAGUUGACCGAAGAACUUGUGAAGAAUCCAAAGGCCGGCCCUUUGGUCCUCAAGGUUGGACAGGCCGGCGCAGGCCAAACAGUCACUUCGCCCGUCAUCAACAUCCACCCAGCGUUUUCGAACGGUGGACGGCUAGGUUACUUACGUCGUAAGGUCCUUGUCGAGAAGGGCCUCAUGCCCGAGAAAGAGAGCAAGGGAGGAGCUUUUCUGGUUUCGGCUGUGGAAUACUCACUCGGUUUUGAAACUCACAGAAACGGCCUCCGAUUGAUUUCGACUUCUCUUCUGGGCGACGCCGUCCACAUUACCUUUCAGACGGAAUGGAUGGCGGAGCAGUUGGUCCGAAGGGACCAGUUCGGCAAGGUCUACUCGGGUGGCUUGUUGUCAGACGUCACAUACCGAUUUUUCAAGAACGGCUAUCUUCUUACCACGUCUAUGUACAGCGAAGUCAUGCACCGUUGGAUCCCCAUCCAGCUUACUUGGAUGUGGGGGCUCAACGUCAAUCAUUAUCGAGCCCAUUUUACCACGUUGCUCAAACAAAUUUACGAUGCUGGUCUCUCUUUCCACGAGCGGGACCUCUUGUCUCAGCAAGUGGUCGAUUUCUCGGCGGCUCAGAAGAAAGGUUUCAUCGCGGCGUACAUGGACGUCUUUAACGAAAGGGAUCCGGCCAAAGCUUUGGAUAAGCUUAAGGGUUGUCACGAGCAUUAUAGGCAGUCCAUCACCCGGGUCAAGAAAAAUCGGAACAUUGUCGAUGUGAGCCAAGUGGGCAAUUUCAAACGCUUGGCUUACGAUCUCUUAGAGCCAGUUCAACCCGGCGGUAAAAGCUUAGGCGACAAAUUCGAUCAUAUCUUUCGCCUCUUUCCUAAAUCGAAGGCCUGGCUAGACUGGUGGAAUACCGCCGACAUUCACUCAAUGCUCUUUACUGCCUGUGGUCGCCUUCCUUUGGACGAUCCUCCGCUUCCUGAUGAGCCUGAGGCUGACGUGCCUGAUACCACUAAUGGGCAAGAAUCAAUGCAUCGUCAAUACUACAUUUUAUCACGGCGCCCGGACGUUAACGAUGGUCGGCCGCCGGAUACGACGGAGGCGCUUCUGCCUUCGAAGAAGCUCGGUCGACCGGCUGGUUCGGCGAAUGUUAACCGAGAUCCACACUCUUCGUAUCAAGCUUACUCAGCCAGUAACGAACCUGGUAAGCAGAAUCGGUGCUGGGAAACAGCCACUCUGGAAGCCCUGUUCCCCACGUUCUCGCCUUUGUGGAUCCAAGGCACCGAUGCAUCGUGCCUCGCACAUCAAAUCCGUUUUAUCUCGCGGGCUCAAGUCUCUUCAAACGGCCAUCCAACAGUUGUCGCCGGACUCUUUUGUCACGGACGCGUUCUGCUCAGCCGAUCUCUUCAUGGAUUAUCUCCUAAUGUCCAAGAAGCAUCCCACCGCAGCCGGUUGACAUUUUGCGUACGACCUCCUUCGCGAUUAUCAAUGCAGCGCCAAUGGCGCCCAUCAAGAAACGGAAACCAUGGUCAAAGCCAAGGUUGUCUUGACGACGGAUCUCUUCCACGAGGCCAACAUCAGAUACUCAGAUGUCACCGAGCUGCUCUCUGCCUGGCAAACCGAUGGCCUCUUCUCAGUCAUUCCCAGAUGCUGUCCCACUUGUCUGAAAGCCCAUCGCAAAGGACUUUCCCGGCAACCUACGGCAACCCAGGCCGACGAGGACGCGGUGGUGUUGGAGGCCUUGGCGAUGAGGAUCGUGCCUCUUUCAUGGGCGAUAUGAACUGGCCUGAAACGAUAAGGCUCGACAACGUCGACUAUGAAAUUGUCUCUCGUGGGUUCUGGGCGUUCAGCCAUUACUGGUGUAAAUUGGUAAGACACGUCGAUGGUGUGCGUGGGGUGUGGUUCUUUGAUGACCGCAAGGAUGACGGCCGUGCCCAGCUGCUAGGUCAAGACUUGUCCUUGAUUGCUGGCCCCCAACCUUACACCAGCUGGGUCAUUUACUCGCGCAAGCCCAACAUUGACGAACAGAAGCUCAUAAAUUGUGGAAUUGCCAAGAUAACCCUCAAGAAUCCGGAACCCCUUGGCAAUGUGCCAUUUGUUCGACCUGGCGACUUGGAAGGUCUUGACGAACAGAUUGACAAACUUGCCACUCCAUCUGUUCCAUCUGUUCCACCUGUGCGAGGUUCGGCAAACAUGGCGAAGCAAGCUUUUGCAUCCGCGAUCAGCAGCCAGCAAGAGGCCCUCGCGGUCGAUUCGAAGCCUUGCAUCCAAGACGAGGCCGAGAAUGUGCAAGACAUCGUUUCGCGGGUGUCCUCCCAAAGCGAUAAAGCCAGGCGGGCUUUUGGUCAAGGUCAAAUGGAUGAUAGCGCUCUCAAACCACCUACAGCCCAGGUGGAUGUGGACCAUCGAACUGCAGCAUCUCAACCUAUUGAACCGUCACCUCCGAUUAUUUCUUUCGGCGCAGAGUGCGAUGCUGGGGAAGAUACUCUUCCCAAUGAAGCUAACCCAACCUCGGAGCGUCUGAUCCUCCGCCUGCGUAACAAGCGAACCGCGCCAGAAGGUAGCCCGGCCAAGUCCCCGUCUGCUUCCCCUUCCUCGGUCAAGAAAGUGACGAAGGGCAAGAAGCGUGCCAAAGCGCGGGUUAACGAACCCGUUGGACCUUUAACCAAGGUCCUCGAGGGUCAGCAGGCUGAACAAAAGCCUAAGGCCAAGGGGAAGAAGAAGAAAUAG